GACAUUCCUGUACCUGCUUUGAAUGAAGUAGAAGAUCUGAAGCUUGUAGUGGACACUGACCUGCCAUCAUCAUUUGAACGAAAGAUGGGUACUGGAGGAGAUUCGAUUGAUGCCCAGCCAGAGCUGUUCCAGAUGGAAACUCAACCAUCAAGACAUGAGCAAUUGAAGGGUCAUGUAGCAUUUCUUUCUGCUGGUGGCAAUCAUGUUGACAAUUCUGAAAUAGACAGUGGGAGGAUGUCAAAGACACUGCGAUUUGCACCACUUGCAGUAAGGAAAAUUUUACGAUGGUCUUUCAAUGAUAUUAUACAUGCGUGCAUGUGACUUGACAACUGUGAGUUGUCUGAGCAAUUAUUUCUUGAGAUGCGCAAGAUUGGACUUCAGCCGUCAAGAUUUACAUAUGAUGGUUUUAUCAAUAGUGUGGUAGCUGGGAAAGGAGUUGCACAUGCCAUCAAAGUGGGGUGGAGGACCCUAUGUGUCAAGCUAUCGCAUUAGCCUUACCUUAAUUCAGGCACAAAUACCCACUAUUCUGAGACCAUGGCUAAACAAUUGAUCAGGAACACCAAAAAAAGAUUGAAGUGAUGGACAGAAGGGGUAUUGAACUUACAAUGAUACACUCGCUGCUCUUUCAGUUGGCUAAAGCAAAAGUUUACAGUUGGAUCUGGCUGAGGAUUUUCUGGAAAUAAUUUCAGAGAUACAACCGAAGUAUAUACAUGCUUUUAACGCUUUGCUUUCUGGUUGCGACAUUGAGAAUGAGCAAGAAAGGGCUAUCCGCAUACUAGCUAAAAUGAAACAGUUGGAUUUGAAGCCAAAUCUCAGGACUUACGAGCAUCUUUUUUCUGUGUUUGGCAAUGUCAAUGUUCCUUAUGAAGAAGGAAAUAUGCCAUCACAUGCUGAGGUUUUGAAAAGGAUAAGCAUAAUCGAGAUGGACAUGUUAAACCAUGAGAUCAAACAUAGUUUUGUGUCUAUGAGGAACUUGAUACGAGCCUUUGGAGCUGAGGGUAUGAUAGAGGAAAUGCUGAGGUACUUCAGUGUUGCUGAGAAUGUCUUGUGGAAAAUGACUUAUUCUCAGAAGAGUGGUCUCUACGGAGUUGUGUUGCACGCUUUGGUUAAAGCCAAGGAAACACACAAGGCAAUAAGAGCCUUCAAGGUCAUGAGAUCAUGUGGUCUUCCAGCCAAUAUUGCUAUUUAUAACAUGAUGAUAGAGUGCUGCAAGUUGUUGCCAUGUUUCAAAUCAGCUAGUGCUUUGUUGUCCUUGAUGCUCCGAGAUGGAUUAUGUCCUACGAUUUUUACUUUUACAUCUCUCAUAAAGGUUGUAUUAGUGAAAGAGGAUUUUGAGGGGGCAUUGGAUCUGUUGGACAUAUGCAUAACUGGGGGAAUUAAACCUGACAUAGAGAUUUUCAACACAAUACUCUCAGAGGCGAAUGCAAAAGGUCAGAUUCAUGUUGUUGAAUAUAUUGUCGAGUGUAUUCACAUAGCAAAGACUCAGCCUGAUCAUUCAACACUUUGGCACACAUUUUGUGCUUACGUGGAUAAAGAAUUGUACAACACUGCGAUUGAGGCAUUGCAAGUCCUCAGUAUGAGAAUGAUAUCCUUGGACGCAAGCAUUCUCAAGGAAAAAGGAGCAGUUUUAGAGGAUCUAAUCCUUGGUGAAGAGACAGACGCUGAAUUAAGGAUCAUGAAGGCAUUCGAGCCAACUGAAGAACAUAUCGCGACAGCUUUACUGAAUCUGAGGUGGUGCAUAACAACUGGUUCCACCAUAUCUUGGUCACCCGAGGACAGUCUCUGGGCGAGGAGGUUGGCAUCGUCCUAUGACGGUAACAAGAGACCGGACGUGCUAUGAGAUUCAGGCAUGAAGUAUCUGUCUGUUCAGACCGAGGAGAAAGGCCAGCUGGCCAAAUUCAUUGGUUUUGACAUGCUCUUGAGGCAAACUGGGGAUGUAAUUCUCCGCGUUGUUCUCCGGGCCAGGCUUGCAGCUCACGUGCAAAUUCUCUUGCCUGUGACUGAGGUCGGACGAAGAUUGAACUGCGUGGAACUCAUAUCAUUCAAUAUAACAAAUACGGAGUACUAACAAAUUUCGAGUUAAGUUUGUACACUUCAGUCAAUAUCUAUCUGUUACCUUAGUGUCUCAUGGCCUCUAUGACCUGCCAACAUAGUUAUUUGUUUCGUUAUUUCCCACUAAUUUUCCCCAUUGGGUCUGUCUUGCUUUGAAUAAAGACAUUCUUUUUGUUGCUGUAUGGGACGGUUAAGUCAUCAAAGAAUGAUGACAUGGUAGCGUGAUGUAUGCUCCUUGUCUCUCCAUUCGAUGCAAAAAGGUGUAAUUUUGUUGUAGUAAGAAAGGAUGUGAUUUAUUUAUUUUUCUCUGCAGUGGAGGAAGAUAGGGCUGCCCUAUAUGUAAUCUUUUUCUAUAGAGAUCAGAUGUUUCUUCCUUU